AUGACCUCCUGAGAUCCCUUCCAACCCUGAUAUUCUAUGAUUUUAUUCACAAACCUUAACCCUUGUACCCUGGGCUUCUUCCAGCCUUUCCCCCUAUGUAUCAGGUGUUCAUCAACACAGUCUGCUUCCUGGGUCUGUUUGAUCUUUUCCCUCUGACCAGAGGAUUCUAAUAGCUCUUCAUUCUUAAGUGCAGACUCGCCCAUCUGGGUCCAUCUCUUUCUGGAGAUUGCUUGGGUAUCUUCCUCCCCUUGGGAUACCAGGAGAGCUUCCCUACCCAGCUUCUACUCACCAAGUAAUCCUUCUUGCAAUGAGUCUAGGUAGCUCUUAUAUCCUGAUUGUCCCAGGAGGUUGUGCUCUCUCUGGGGCCAUAAGUUCCCUAAAUGUCUGAGUCCUACUAACAAGCAGGCUGAGAAUAUAAUUAAAUACUUUAUAAGAUCUCCCCAGAAGCACUGCACCUUCAAUUGACCUUGUCUUCAGGAGAAGGCUCAUAGACUGAACAUUGGGAACCACAUCAGGUAGGCAGGGUUCCUGUGCCCAUUAACAAUUGAUUCAGUAAUCUAAUCAUCCAGGGGUUUAUGGAAGACCUUGGACUCUUGGAAGGUAGAUUAAUUGUAUCAGGUCCUGCCUUAAGGGUUUGGUUACUUAUGUCAAGUAUCCAAGCCAGUCUUUCAUGGUCAGUUGUGCAGUGAAGAAUUACAUUAGUCAGCUCUGCCUCUGAGUGAUAAAGAAUGAUAGGAAACGCAUUCUGGAAGUCAUAUAUUUAUCUGCAAUCAAACAGAUGAGUAGUAAACUAUCAUGAUCUCUUGAUUUUCUCUCUCUUUUAUACCUUAGACAAGGUCAUUGCCUUGACACGCCUUCUACUUUUUUGACACAUUUCUCAAAUAAUCCCUGAUCAGCUUUAAAGGGUUAGUUAACGGUGGAGUACAAGUCUUUAACUAGGUUUCUUUGCUUUAGUAAGAUGUCACUAAGCUGCGUUAAAGUUUAAAAAGUUUAGAUGAAUACCUUGGACAGUCUUUCCCUGUUGUGGCUUUGGUGUGUUGAGCUAAAACGCCUGUAUCCUGGUCUUUGGUAAUCUUCAUUUGGUUACACAAAAGUAUGUAAAUAGAAUAAAUUUGAAAUCUUCGUUACAGAAGUCUAUGUAGUGCUGUGAGUGAAAGCAUUCAUUUAAUGUGGACUUAUAUUGAGGCUGAAAUGUAUAAUUUUCAAAUUGAUUUUUUCCUUGUUGUUCAACUUAAAAUUAUGUAAAACAAAAUUAACAAUUCCAUAUUUGACAACUAUCAUAUUUGUUACACUGGUUGCUUUUGGCAGCCCAUCCUUUCGUGAAUAUAAAGUCAUAUUGAUGAAUUUGUGGUAUUUCUCCUUUCUUUAACUCAAAUAUCCUUCACAAAGUUUCAGUAUUGUAUAGAAAUCUGUGAAGAUGGCUUAUUCUCUGCAUUGACAAAAACUGUAACAAACUGCAAUCUUGUUUAACAUUUCUGUUUUCAGUUAUGUUUCCUUAUGAAAGUGUCCAUUUUUUCUGUAGUAGAGCCCUGAAUAUGCUUUCCUGUGUCUUUUUGGGAAAAGCUACCAAAGAAGUUUAAUUUUGAGAAAAUAAGUUUGCCACGGAACUACCAUAGAUUGUAAAAGCUAAAUAUGUAGUAGAGUUCCAUCAAAUGUCAGUUUAUUUUCGAUAAUUGUGGAUUAGCAAAAUACAUGUGGCGAAAGAUGUCCUAUUCUCUUACCACUUCUGUCAGAUUCACUGAUGUCAUCAACAAUGAGUUAUGGCAUUGCCCAACCCUAGCAAAAGCCUGGUUUACACAUUUGUAUCUUUAUUAUCAGCAGUAAUUGGAAACAGAAUCCAAUUGAAUUCUGUUUCAAUGAUGAUGUGAAAAGCUUCCCAGAUUGCUAAAUUUGAAAGCUACUGCUACAAUUUUUCUUUUUCAGACAAACUCCUUAAAAUAAAAGAAUAGAGGUUUGUGACAAUGCUCCCUUUGACAUAAGAUCCAACAGUACAUUUUCUCCAGGUAGCACUGAUUUCAAGUGGUAGUAUCAAAGUAAGAAAAUUCAAUGAAGGCUGCAUUCAAUCUUCAGUUAAGCUCAUUGUGCCCAGACAUUCCAUCUUACACAUUUUAAGACAAGCAAGGAUUUGGCACAGACAUCCUAUUUCAUGGCUACCAACAGCCUGCACCUUACUACCUUCUGUCUUCAGUACAAACCCACAGUGAUAGCAUGUGUGUGCAUUCAUUUGGCAUGCAAGUGGUCCAAUUGGGAGAUUCCUGUAUCGACGGAUGGAAAGCAUUGGUGGGAAUAUGUUGAUCCUUCAGUUACUCUGGAAUUGCUAGAUGAGCUCACACACGAGUUUCUGCAAAUACUAGAGAAAACGCCUAGCAGACUGAAGAGGAUUCGUAAUUGGAGGGCUAAUCAGGCUGCUAAGAAACCGAAAGGAGAUGGACAGGUAUCUGAGAAUUCUCUUCUUGGUUCAUCUUUGGUCCAGAAUUCAAUUUUGGUGGAUACUGUUACUGGUGUAUCUGCCAACACAAGCUUCCAAAAGUCAUCGACGUCAACCUUUCCUGCACCAGUACCUCUGAACUCAGGGAGUAUGUCUGUUCAACACAGUCAUGCACCUGAAAACUUGGCAAUAUUAGCUACAGGAAUGCCGAGUACCUCAUAUAGUUUGACAUCACAGGAAUGGCCUCAACAUCAAGAACAAACAAGGACCGAACAAAUAUAUUCUCAGAAACAGGAAACUGUGUUACCUGGUAGUCAGUAUAAUCUGAACUUCCAACCAGGAACUUCUGUACAAUUGCAUUCUGGGUUACAUCACAGAUCUGACAAACUUAUUGAGCAUUCCACUGGUAAACAAGACUAUGCUCACAAGUCAGGAAACAAACACCAUGGACAGGUUGCUGCUCCUAUAAUUCCUCAGAAAAUGUCCUUGGAUAAAUACAGAGAGAAACGCAAACUAGAAACCCUUGAACUGGAUGUAAGGGAACAUUAUGUAGCUACCCAAGUAGACCAGCAACAUAAAAAGCACAUUCAACCACAAGCAGCCAGUAGCAGUUCUGUUACUUCCCCUAUUAAAAUGAAAAUUCCUGUUGCAAAUGCAGAGAAACCAGAAAAACAUGUAUCUGAUAAAAAAGAAAAGGGUGGAUCACUCAAACUGCGAAUACCAAUCCCACCUACAGAAAAGAGUUCCAGUAAAGAAGAUCUGAAAAUGAAAAUUAAAGUUUCGUCAGAAAGACACAGUUCAUCAGAUGAGGGCAGUGGAAAAAGCAAACACUCAAGUCCACAUGUUAGCAAAGACCAUAAAGAAAAGCACAAAGAACAUUCUUCAAAUCGCCAUCAUAGUAGCAGUCACAAGCAUUCACAUAGUGGUGGCAGUAGUAGUGGCGGCAGUAAACAUAGCACUGAUGGAAUAACACCAACUGUUUUGAGGAGUCCUGCUGGCCUGAGUAGUGAUGGUAAUUCCUCUAGUUCCGGCUCUUCAAGAAAGAAGUUGCACAGCAAUGAUGCUUCUCACAACCACCACUCCAAAUUGAGCAAAAGUUCCAAAAGUUCAGGUAGUUCAUCUAGUUCUUCCUCUGUUAAGCAGUAUGUAUCCUCUCACAACUCUGUUUUUAACCUUCCCUUACCCCCUCCUCCCCCUGUCACAUACCAGGUGGGCUACGGACAUCUCAGCACCCUCGUGAAACUGGACAAGAAGCCAGUGGAGAACGGUCCUGAUGCCAAUCACGAGUACAGUACAAACAGCCAGCAUAUGGACUACAAAGAUACAUUCGACAUGCUGGAUUCGCUGUUAAGUGCCCAAGGAAUGAACAUGUAAUCAAUUGUUUAGGUCACUUUUCUUUACUUUUUUUAAUUUAAGAAUCGUUAGAAUGGAAAACUUCCUAAUCUAGCAGUAGCAACACGAGCUGUUGUUGCCAUGGUUUCAUUAUAUGUAAGUGCUGCUUUAUCCUUCACUCUGAAAAGAAGAGGUAUAGUAAACAAGUCUUUAUCUCCACAUACAAUAGUGUUAUAAAUACUGUAAUAGCAUGGAAGGUGCAAAAAUCUCAGUAUUUCUACAACUGCAGCUAAGAACAGUAGAAUGAUCAUCUGCUUUUAGGUUUCUAGGAUUCCUCAAGCAUUGAUUAUUUAUAAUUUUAAUACUGCAGCCACCAUUUUUGUUGCUUAGCUUUUGAAUGAGUGUAAUUUUCCUUGUGUAUUUAUACUGUAUGUAUGAUUUGCAUGUUUCAAAGAUAAAGGGAUUAAAAACAGUAUACUGACAACUGUUUACAAGAAAGUGGAGAAAAAUGUACAUACAUUUUUGUAUGUUUAGAUAUACCAUAAAUACUCAGGAUUGGAGCUGCUUGUAAGUAUAACAAAAUAUACAUAACUUUAUUUUAUCUUGUGUCAGAGUCCAUCAGUAAUCUAAACAAAAGUGACGCUUUGUUGUGUUUAUCUUGAACAGUAGGCCUUAUUGGAAGCUGCUUAAAAGGGCACUUCACUAGAGUGGGUAAUCUAGUACCAUGUACGCUCAUCCACAGGAGAGCAUCACCAAUGAGGCAAUAAAGGAGUUUGGGCCUCAGUUCGCUAACUGUGACCUGACUGACUGCUGAAAUGCGCCCAAGCUUUCUGAAGGAAAAAAGAAAAAAGUUUACAUAAUCUUGAUGUGAAGUGCAUUUAAAUGUUUAUUGGCUUGAUGCAGUAAUAUAGGCAGAGCUGUUACUUAAUGAUUACAUAGAUUAAUGUGAGUUAAGAACUGAAGUUCAUAAAAACUUAUAGUGAAAAAUUAGUAAGUUGUUUUUUAAACUUUAAUACCAUAAGUUAUUUUAAUAGUAAACAGGGAUCACUGUUUCCAUUACCAUUUCAGAAUAACAGACAUGUUCUGAAUUCCAAAAAGUGUACUUGUGUGUGAUGCCAUAUUUCUUUUACAGGUGAGAAUGCAGUCUUCACAAUAAAUAAGAGUAAAACUAUGAUAUCCCAACCUUCCUUUAUAUUCCAACAAUAAAAUAGUUACCACUGAUUCUCUGUGCAUUGUACUUGUGAUUAGUUACAAAAUUGGAGGUUAUUUUGUUUUUAGCUCUGUGAAAAAUCACUCUCCAAUUAAACCACUAGUAUACA